GGUUUCGAGAGUGCAAUACCCUAGCUUUGGACGGCACUUCAAUUCCAAAAGUCGAAGAGCAGAGAGAAAGCGGCGCGAGAGAGAUGGGGCAUUCUAAUGUCUGGAAUUCCCACCCCAAGAACUACGGCCCUGGAUCUCGAGCUUGCCGAGUUUGUGGGAACCCUCAUGGACUGAUCCGAAAAUAUGGAUUGAUGUGCUGCAGACAGUGCUUCCGCAGCAAUGCCAAAGACAUUGGCUUUAUUAAGUAUCGCUGAAUAUGUUACUUCGCUUCGAGGAAUGGACUUAUGGAGCUCUCACAGUUCGGAAGAAGAUCUUUAUUGCUAUAAUUUAUCAAUGUCAUCUGCUUAUUUGUUUAUCUGGUAAACAUCAUGGUUAAGCAAAUUAUAAACUGAGUUAUGAAAAAAUCGGUGAUUGAUCUUGUUCUGCCUUAGAACUAUUAGGCGGUCCUUUUUUUAAAUUACUGCAAUGAUUGUCGGCAUUAUCGCAAUCAAACAAC